UUAGCGCCUCGCUGCAGGGACAAAUGCAUACAAAUGCAUUUAGGAGCCCACAGAACAAGGCGUGGAAAAGUCUCGCCCACCACAAAAACGAAACUACUCCUUCAUUUUAUUAUGCUAUGUGUGGCUGGGGGUGCUCUUCAGGCACAAGAACAAGGCAUAGAUAUUCUACACCAACUAGGCCUUGGAAUCACAGAUGUAAGACAUUCAUCAUCAGUGACUGCUGUACCAUCCACGUCUACAUCAUUACCUCAGGGAAUCCAUUUAACAGAAUCAGGUGUCAUUUUAACAAAUGAUGCUUAUAUCGAGUCACCUCUCAUGAAAAUUUUACCUGUCAACCUAGUACAGCCAUUUACAAUCUUAAUUGGGUUACAGUCACACAGAAUAAACAAUGCAUUUCUCUUCAGCAUUAGAAAUAAAAAUAGACUGCAAUUGGGAGUUCAAUUACUACCUAAAAAAUUAGUGAUAUACGUUGGAGGGAAGCAGUCUGUAUCUUUCAACUACAGUGUUCAUGAUGGAUUAUGGCACUCGUUUGCCAUUAAUAUUAAAAACAAAGUUGUUUCAAUGUUUGUUGACUGUGGGAAGAAAUAUUUUAGUACAGAGACUUUUUCAGAUAUUCAGACCUUUGAUUCCAACAGUGUGCUUACUUUAGGAAGUAUGAAUAAUGAUUCUGUCCAUUUUGAAGGAAUAGUAUGUCAGUUAGAUAUUAUUCCUUCAGCAGAGGCAUCUGCAAAUUAUUGCACAUAUAUGAAACAUCAAUGUCGUCAAGCAGAUGCAGACAGGCCUCCUGAGAUAAGCCUUCCUCAGACAUAUAUGGAAAUUAUGGAAAACUCUCCUUUACUCAAACAAUUUAGUAAAAAUGUUCUGCCAGAGCAUAUAACGACUGAUGACAAAAGCAUUCCACAUAUCAUAAAUAAUGAUUCUGCAACAAAACAUAAUCAACAAGAGUACCAGUUACCAAGAUCUCAGUUAAUGUCUCUUCCUUUGGAAAACACAUCUGUUGUGGAUCUCAUGAAUCUUGGAAUUCAGGUCAAAGAAAUGAUCACUGAGGAUCAUAAUCAGACAAAAUUAAACCAGCCAGUGGCCCAUCAGCACCUCAGUGCAAGAUCAAAUACCAACGGAAAGUUUAGUUCUCUUCUAAAUGAGUUCAACAACGUUACAUGGAGUGACAAUAGAGAAACUGGUCUCACACCAUCAAAGAAGAUGUCCUCUGUUCUCCCCUAUAUGGAGCAGGAAACAAUGAAUAAUCUCAAGAAGGCGAUUACAGCAAACCUAAAUACUAAUGAACUGAUGGAAACGCAACAGAUUGUAAAUGCGAGCUUAUAUGGAUUGACUGAUGAGCCUUCUGUGGAUAACCAUCUUGAUCUAAGGAAGGAAGGUGAAUUUGACCCUGACAUCACUUAUUCCGUUGAAAAUAGUUACGGAUCUGAGCUUUAUGAUUAUUAUUAUUAUGAAGAUCUUAAUGCAAUGCUUGAAAUGGAGAAUCUGGUAGGGCCAAAAGGGGAUACUGGACCACCCGGUCCACCUGGUCCAGCAGGUUUUCCAGGUCCAGCAGGAAAAAGAGGUCCACGGGGCAUACCAGGGCCACAUGGAAAGCCUGGGUUACCUGGAUUACCUGGUCCAAAGGGCUCCAAAGGAGAUCCAGGAUUGUCCCCAGGACAAGCAAUUUCUGGAGAAAAGGGUGAUCAAGGUCUUCCUGGAUUGAUGGGUCCCCCUGGCAUCCAAGGUGAUAAGGGUUUCAAAGGUUAUCCAGGGCUCCCAGGCAUGAGAGGUGAACAAGGAAUUCCAGGACUCGCUGGUAAUAUUGGUUCGCCUGGUUACCCUGGCAGGCAGGGUUUAGCCGGACCAGAAGGUAAUCCAGGGCCUAAAGGUAUAAGAGGUUUUAUUGGUUCCCCUGGAGAAGUAGGACAACUAGGACCUGAAGGACAGAGAGGCAUUCCUGGGCUGCGUGGAAAGAAGGGUCUUAAGGGACGACAGGGUUUUCCAGGCGACUUUGGUGACAGAGGCCCUGCUGGCGCUGACGGCAGUCCUGGACUAGUAGGUAGCAUUGGCCCUCCAGGAUUUCCUGGACUUAGAGGAAGUGUUGGCCUUGUGGGACCAGUUGGACCUUCUGGGAUUCCUGGACCAAUGGGUCUCUCAGGGAAUAAGGGACUAACUGGAAUCAAAGGUGAUAAGGGUGAACAAGGUAUUGCAGGAGAGGCAGGAGAAACAGGGUAUCCUGGCGACAAGGGAGCUGUCGGUUUGCCAGGACCUCCGGGAAUGAGAGGAAAGCCAGGACCUUCAGGUCAAGCUGGUGACCCAGGACUUCCAGGACCAUCUGGCCCUCCAGGACCAGAGGGUUUUCCUGGAGAUAUUGGGAUUCCUGGACAAAACGGCCCUGAAGGACCAAAGGGACUUCUUGGAAAUAGAGGGCCUCCUGGGCCUCCUGGUCUCAAAGGAACUCAGGGAGAAGAGGGACCAACUGGACCCUUUGGAGAACUAGGACCAAGUGGAAAACCUGGUCAAAAAGGUUAUGCAGGUGAACAAGGACCAGAAGGCUUAAAGGGUGAAGUAGGAGAUCAAGGAAACAUUGGAAAAAUUGGUGAAACAGGACCUGUUGGUUUACCUGGAGAAGUCGGGAUGCCUGGGAGCACUGGUGAAAAGGGAGAUCGUGGAAGUCCAGGUCCACUGGGACCUCAGGGAAAUAAAGGUGUUAUGGGAUAUCCAGGUCUUCCUGGAAUUCCAGGACCCACUGGACCACCAGGAUUACCUGGUCAUGUUGGGACAAGAGGACCACCUGGAAUUCCAGGUCCAAAAGGAAGAAGAGGACCAAGAGGACCAGAUGGUCUUCUUGGGGAACAAGGGAUACAAGGUAUUAAGGGUGAAAAAGGAAAUCAAGGAAAAAGAGGGCCUCAUGGUCUUACUGGGAAGAGUGGAAUUCCUGGAGAAAGAGGAACUCAAGGGAAACCAGGUUUACCAGGACCCCCUGGAAGCACAGGAGACAGGGGACUUGUAGGUGAACCAGGUUCACGAGGACCCCAAGGUGAUAUUGGACCUCCUGGAGAAAUAGGUGCUGAGGGACCUCCAGGCAUUGAGGGAGAAUCUGGUGUACAAGGCGAGCCAGGAGCGAAGGGAGAUGUUGGUGCUAUUGGCAACGUUGGAGAACUUGGGGAGCCUGGAUUACGUGGUGAACUAGGAGCUCCUGGAGAAGAAGGUCUCCAGGGAAGAGAUGGAUUAAAGGGAAGCCCAGGAGGAAGAGGACUUCCUGGGGAAGAUGGAGAAAAAGGAGACAUAGGCUUACUGGGGACUAUUGGGCCAGUUGGAAGACCAGGACUAACGGGUCCUCCGGGACCUGAAGGAAUUGUGGGAAUUCCAGGACAAAGAGGUCGCCCAGGAAAAAAGGGUGAAAAAGGACAGAUGGGACCUACAGGAGAAAUUGGAAGCAGAGGGGCUCCUGGACAAACUGGGGAAAGUGGUCCUAAAGGUGCCAGGGGAACGAGAGGUGCUGCGGGUCAUUUAGGACUGAUGGGUCCUAAUGGAGAGCCAGGAAUUCCAGGAUAUAGGGGUCAACAAGGUCAACCAGGCCUUUCAGGAUUGCCAGGACCUAAAGGAGAAAAGGGCUUCUCAGGAGAAGAUAAUACAGUCUUGGGAAUGCCUGGGUCUCGAGGUGAACCAGGUCCAAUAGGAGAACCAGGAGACAGAGGAGAGCCAGGUCCAGAAGGGUAUAAGGGUCAUAUGGGCGUACCAGGACCAAGAGGUGCCUCUGGUCAACAAGGACCUCCAGGAGAUCCAGGUGAACAAGGUGAACAAGGACUAAAAGGAGAAAAGGGAGCUGAAGGUUCUAAGGGCAAAAAAGGAGCACCUGGUCCUUUUGGGAAACCUGGGAUUCCUGGACUUCCAGGCUCAUCUGGGCCAAAAGGAAUACAGGGAUACCCAGGAGCUGACGGCAUUUCAGGAACCCCUGGAAAGGUUGGGCUGCCGGGAAAACCAGGACUUCCUGGCAUCAGAGGAAGCCCAGGAACAAUGGGACUGGCUGGUUCUCCAGGUCCUCGAGGAGCAAAGGGCUCUUCGGGUCUCCCAGGAAGCCCAGGAGUUCUAGGCCCAAAGGGUGAACAAGGAUUACCAGGUCAGCCUGGAAUACAAGGUAAAAGAGGUCACCAAGGAGCACAAGGUGACCAAGGACCAUGUGGAGAGCCUGGCCUGAAAGGGCAACCUGGAGAGCAUGGUGUUCAAGGUUUGAGAGGUUUCCAAGGAUUCCCAGGUCCCAAAGGUCCUGAGGGAGAUGUUGGAAUUGUUGGAAUAUCAGGUCCUAAAGGCCCUACUGGACAAAGAGGAAGCACUGGCCCCCUUGGCAGAGAAGGUAUAAUAGGCCCAACAGGUAGAACUGGACCCAAAGGAGAAAAAGGCGUAAGAGGAGAAACUGGUCCCCAAGGACCAAGAGGUCACCCUGGGCCUCCAGGGCCACCUGGAGCACCUGGUCCAAGAAAACAAAUGAGCAUCAAUGCUGCUAUUCAAGCCUUGAUUCAAUCAAAUUCUGCCCUACAGAUGGAGAGCUACCAGAACACUGAAGUGACUUUACUCGACCACAGUACAGAGAUAUUCAAAACCCUAAACUAUCUUAGCAAUUUACUGCACAGCAUCAAGAAUCCUCUUGGCACAAGAGAUAACCCAGCAAGAACCUGCAAAGAUUUACUUAACUGUGAACACAAAGUAUCAGAUGGAAAAUAUUGGAUUGAUCCAAACCUUGGAUGUUCUUCAGAUGCAAUUGAGGUAUUCUGCAAUUUCACUGCUGGUGGCCAGACAUGUGUAUAUCCUGUUUCUGUGACAAAGUUGGAAUUUGGAAUUGAGAAAGUCCAGAUGAACUUCCUUCAUUUACUGAGCUCAGAAGCCACCCAUGUUAUCACCAUUCAUUGUCUAAAUACCCCACUGUGGACAAGUGACUCUGGACAGCCCAUACGUUUCAAGGGAUGGGAUGGACAGAUUUUUGAAGAAAACACUCUACUUGAACCUGAAUUGCUUUCAAAUGACUGCAAGAUUCAAGAUGGCAGCUGGCAUAAGGCAAAAUUCCUUUUUCACACCUGGGACCCUAAUCAGCUUCCCGUGAUAGAAGUACAAAAACUUGCUUUUCUCAAAACUGGACAGAAAUACUAUAUUGAGAGCAGUUCUGUAUGCUUCCUCUAACAUCUCUGAAUUAGUUCAGAAUUCAUGCUGUUGGGCAGGU